AUGGACUACCUCGACAGCGACUCCUACUCUUCCGAAGGCAGUCUUGAUAUAUGGAAUAUAGAAGUAUCCGUUCCCUUCAGAACGACGGAUAGCCCAAAUUCAGUAUAUACCAGCCGCGACCCAGUUGAGGACGAUGGGAGCUAUUUACCACACGUCUCUGCGCUUUUGGAACAACAGGAAAGCUCCAAAGUUAUUAUCCAAAUUCGGCAGGGUCUAGCAAAAUUACGCGAGCUCCACCAUAGCCUGGCUGUGUUGAGAAAGUUUCGACCUAUUGAUUCUCCUCACAUCCGUACCUUGGAAGCCCAUUUGAAGGUGUUAGAACGACAGUUUCUGGAGAGUGUUUCAGAGACGUUCUCCGUCAAUGCCUACCUUGAUUUAUCUGGUUCUCCAGGAGAGACAAAUUUGCAGCUUAUGAGCCGACUGAUGGCCGAAGAAGAUGCGGCUUGUGGGUUGAAGGGAUCUGGCCUCGAAGUGUGA